AUGGCUUUGAAGCUGACUUUGUUGAUGUAUUACAUGACUAAAGCUGACUCUGAUGAUCUUGAUUAUGUAUUAAAUGAGAGUAGCCAUGAUAUUGAUAGUGAUGACCCAAGUUGGCAAUAUGAAGAUCUUGAGGGUAACAAUGAUGAAAUUUUUAAUGUUAAUGUUCCAGCAAGUGUUGCUAAUGGUGGGACAUGUGAUGACCAAGUUUGUCAACCUGGUCAGGCAGAUGAUGACCAAGUUAGACCACCAUGUGGUGUUGAGAGACAAUCAAACACUGGAUCUCAGCCAAGCAAUGGAGGUACGACUACAAGGGAAACUGAAUCUCAACCAAGCAAUGUUGGUAAUGCUGCAAGGAAAACUAGAUCUCAACCAAGCAAUGGUGAUAUUGCUGCAAAGGGAUUUGCAUCUCAGCCAAUCAAUGGUUGUGCUGCUACAAUGACAUCUCAGCCAAGCAAUUGUGGUAGCUCAAGGGCAUCUGGUGUUAUCAAUGUAAACUCUCAAUGUAUGAAGUUGCCAACUAUAUGUGGAAAGGUAGUAGGAAAAGAAAGAGCAAGUGGUGCAUGA